GACGACGCGCUUUGGGAUUCUGUAUCUCGACGCUCCAUUCGAUGCAUCGCGCUGCUCCAGUGACGCGAGGAUCUGCUGCGAAAGUUUAGUAUUGAUCCUGAGCUUGAACGGCGUAGAUCGUGCAAACUUUGACGUAGUUUCAUAGCGUAAAAUAAACCUACAUAUGUUUUGUUGUGUGAUGUGCAGUGUAGUUUUAUUUGGAAAAAAAGUCUACCGCGAGCUGCGAUGCAGAUAAGCCAGUGACGAAGAACAUAAAACGAGAACAUUCAAUACUAUUAGCGACAAGUGUUUACCCAUUCUUGGUUGAGUGCUAUUUAGAGAGGUUUUAGUUUUUUUCUUUAGUUUUCGGUAGUCACAUUAUACGAUAAGUGAAAGUGCACAAGAGGGAAGCUCCGAAUCCGAUCACUUUAGACGUGUGCUUUUGAAGGCCACAUUCGAGCGUGAAUUCGAUUGAUACCAAUAAUACUAUCUUCACUUAUUGGUAUUUGUAAUCAUUCCACCGCUGCUUAGUGUGUUUUGAUAGCGACGAUAAGCGAUUGAGAAAAAAAACAGUGAUAAUAUAGAAAUCAUCGUCAACAAUCAGUGAAUUUGCCAUGUCAACGCUGCUGAACUUGGACAGUUAUCGUCAUGAAUUAUUCGAGCAACAACAGCAGCAGCAGCUGUCGUCCUCGCCGACCUACUCGGUGCUCUCGAUGGAAUCUUCGACGUCGUCGCCGAGUGCCAAUGAGAAUAUCAACCAAAACUAUUCGAGCAAUUCUCCGUCCAGCACCAGUAAUAUGUCCCCACAGUCAACGCACAGCGAAACGAGUUCUUUUAAUAUGCAAAAUCUUAACAUUUCCACCGGUUACCACCACUACAGCCCCCAGACGGUGGGUGACGAGUGUAGACUGCAGACUUUUAAUUACUCCACGCAUGGAACCGUAACCGAGCAACCGCGCAUCGAACUGACCGUCCCGCAUCUAGUGAUUUUGGAGCAACCAGUGGACAAAUUUCGUUUUCGAUAUCAGUCGGAAAUGCACGGUACGCAUGGUUCUCUGAUGGGAGUCCACACAGAAAAAAGCAAGAAAACAUUCCCAUCCGUCGAGAUUCGUGGAUUCCAAGGGGAAGCGAAAGUGCGAUGUUCCCUGUACCAGGUGGAUCCGUCCAAAAGGGCAGCCCACUCGCAUCAUUUGGUAAUAAAGAGCGGUGAUAUCGAUCUGAACGAUCCACAUGAUAUCGACGUGAACGCCGAAACCGGUUACGUUGCAACGUUUCAGGGCAUGGGUAUAAUCCAUACGGCGAAAAAGAACAUCGCCGAGGAGUUGUGCAGAAAAAUCAAAAAGCAGCGAAUGGUCGAAAUGGGCCGAGAUCUCUCGCUUCGGGAGGAACAUCAGCUGCAGAAGGAGGCGGCGGAAAUGGCAAAGACGAUGAACCUGAAUCAGGUGUGUCUCUGCUUUCAAGUAUUUCAAGUGGACCAAGUGUCGGGUCGGUGGACCCAACUGUGCGAGCCAGUUUAUUCUAAUCCGAUAAAUAAUAUGAAAAGUGCUCUAACUGGUGAGCUCAAAAUCUGCAGGCUCAGCUCAACCUUUGGUAGCGUCGAUGGUGGAGAAGAAGUCUUCAUGUUCGUGGAGAAAGUUUGUAAAAAUAACAUCAAAAUACGGUUCUACGAGCUGGACGAGUUCGACCGGGAAAUUUGGCAAGGUUGGGGUUCCUUCUCGGAGGCGGACGUCCAUCAUCAGUAUGCAAUCGCCUUCAAAACGCCUGCCUACCACAACAAGGACAUCACCGAACCGGUGGAAGUGUGCAUGCAGCUGUACCGACCGCGUGACAAGUGCCAAAGUGAGCCGGUUCCGUUCAAGUUCAAACCCCGCCCCGGGAUGGUAACUUUGGCGAAUCAUUCACGCAAGCGGCAACGCGUUCACUCCGGAAAUGUUUCCUGCGAAAUUCCGACCGUCGUGCCGAACGAAAUCGUAGCCGGCCCGAGUCGGUUACCGCCACUGCAUCAACCGUUCCCAAUGGUGCAGACUCAGGGUCACCUACCGGAAGCUGGUACCAUUAGUAAGGAGUUCAAUAAGUCCGGUAUUAUUCAGGAAAUUCUGGAGAGCCACAUUCCCACGACGAUCGCCAGUGACAUCUCGUUUAGCUCGAAUGAUUUCAAAGAUUUCGUGCAUUGUAACUCGGAAGAGUUGCAUAAGCUCAUCAACGAGAUCGGGGAAGCGCAGGAGUUGGCAAAGCUAGAAACGGAUACCGUUUCGGCUGCCCAGGUGAACGGGGAGGCCGCUCGUUUCGAACGGGCCUUGGAGGCAUAUGCAAGCGAUAACCAGCAGGCAAAAGAUGUAGAUAUUCUCAAAAAGAUUCUAGCUAUUGUAAGGCUGUUUCGAAGUGACUACGACAGAUGUCGAGAGCUAAUAUCGGCUCUGUGGAUGUCAUCCAAUAAGCAGAAAGUCAAUUGUCUCCACAAGGCAAUCGAACGGCGAAACGUUACCAUCGUGUGCAAGUUGAUUGAUCUACUGCUGAACUAUCGGCUGCCUGAACUACUGAACUUGAUGAACGAACGCAACGAGAGCGCUCUACAUCUGGCUGUUUCAGCCAACCUGGUGGAAGUGGUUGAGGCUCUACUGCUGGCCGGGACUAAUAUCAAUGGCUGUGACUACCGUGGGAAUUCUGUACUGCACCGGGCUGUGGUAGAGGGCGCUAUCGAAAGCUUGAGCACUCUGAUGGAUCACUGCAAGCGAAUUGGAGCGCGCGUUGAUGUGACUAACGAUGACGGGGUGACGGCGCUCCACUUGGCGAUCAUGUGUAAGAAUCUGAAAAUUACCCGACUCCUGCUGGAUAGUGGGUGCUCUCACACGGUGCGGGAUCUGAAACACGGCAACAAUAUUCUUCACAUCUCUGUGGAAAGCGACUCUUUGGACAUGGUUAACUACAUUCUGGAAAAUGUAGACAAAACUCUUUCCGAGGAGCCUAAUAAUGCAGGCUACACCCCACUGCAGCUGGCAGGUGCCAGACACUUGACGAACUCGAAUAACAAACUGAUAAUAAAGGAACUGCUUCGAUUCAAUCCUAAAGGUAUGUUGGAGAAGGAAUCUUCAACCGAUGAGGACGAUGAAGAUUCGGAACAACCGGAAGCCCCUCUCACGCCCACUAGUUCCUCGUCAACGGAGAGUAUGCUGCUGUCGAUGAACCUAACAUGCGACCGGGGGGAAGUCGUUCGGAUACUUGAAGAGCACUCGGGUCCAGGUGAAGAAACGACCGAAUUAACCCCGCUGAAGAAUGUGCCCUACAAUUUAACUGUGGAGGAAACCGUCGAGGAGCACCCUUUUGAUGAGGAGUGUUUUUCACAGCUCUGUGAACUGCUGAAUCGUGAUCAAACGUGGAAGGAAGUGGGUGCACUGCUUGACUUCAACGCAUUUUUCAGUAUGUGGGAGCAGUCAGCGAAUCCCACCGGUAUGCUGCUGAAUUGCUUUGAGAUGCAGAAAAUGAAACUGAAUCAUUUGAUCGAGAUUCUACAGGCGCUGGACCAGAAGGACGCGAUCCAUCUAAUCGACGAAAUGGUAUGCCGCAAAUUGAAGUGAUCGCACUGGUCGAAGGAUCAAUCUGAAGAACAUCAGAGCUCUGCUCAUUAAUGCUAGUGAUUUUUUUUAUCAUUCACACAUCAAUGUGCACUUAAUUUUUUACAUUAAGUAGAUGAAACCAUGGUUAUAUUUUGGUAUAAAAAAAAAGUGUCUUUAUUUGUUUAUUACAUUUUCCUUUCCAGGCUGGUAGUUAUAUUUCAGUUUACGGUAGGUCAAUGUUAGUACCGCAGGCUGAACACGUGCUUCGAGCUAGUCGAACCUGUUUUUACCUCAUGUGCUUAGACGCGACAAAACACGUGCUUCAAGUGAACUCUGAAUCCAUUCGGAUCCAGAACGUUUACCGCAUACAAUUAACACAUUCCUGCAUGAGUCGUAUGAGUAUCAGUUUUUAUUCACACUUAGAAUAGCCCAUUCUUGGUUACUUCUUUUUCCACAGUGUGCUGCUAAGUCGCAGUCUGACAGGCUUCUAAUAUGUGCCAUUAUCUUGAUCUUUAUCAGUUAAAUCUUUUUUUAGAAUAUAAUAGUACACCUAUUUCUCACUGUUACCACCAGCUAGAAACGUGACUAAAAUUGUAAGAGGUUGUAACCGGUUGUGUCUGGAAAAGAUGUUGCUGAUCAUUACUGUAAGCGAAAUAAAC